AUGGGGAAAAAGCCGUUCAUCGAUCGUAAAACCGCAAAACAUUACCAUUUAGUACAUAGAUCUCAAAGAGAUCCUUUAAUCAAUGAUUCCGAUGUUUCCUCUAGAGUUUUGGUUGAAGUGAUCCCGCCUAAUUUAAAGGGAAAAGUCUUCAACACCGAUAAUAAUAAUAACAACCAACAAAAACAAAUUGAAAUUGAAAGUCGUGCUGGUCAAGCUGCAUUAUACGGGAUAUAUUAUGAUGAUACCAAAUAUGAUUAUUUACAACAUUUGAAAGCAAUCGGUGAAAAUUCUGAUGGAAUUGAAUCAAUAUUCAUUGAGGCAUCAUCUAAAGAUAAAAAAAAUGUAAAAAAAGGUGGAAAUAUUGAAUUAGUUGAAAAUCAAGAUGAGGAAGAAACAAAAAAUAAAGAUACAAUAUUGGAAGAAAAGGAUCCAAAAAUUCCAAAAAAAGAUCGUAAAGUUACUAUAAUUUUACCUGAUGAGGUAUUGCCAUCAAAGUAUGAAAUGCCUAUUGGAUUAUUAAAUCAAACAGCAAUUCCUCAUGAUAUUCAAGGAUUUCAACCAGACAUGGACCCAAAUCUUCGGGAAGUUUUGGAAGCUCUUGAAGAUGAUGCAUUUGUAGAUAAUGAGUUAAAUGACGAGUUUUUUCAAAAGCUUGAUGAAGAAAAGUUAUUUGAUUUUCAGGAAUUUGACAUCGAUGGGGAUGAUGAGGAGGAUGGUUUCGAAAGUGAAAAUGAAAAAGAAGGAUAUUCAAUGACAAGUUCGAUAAUGUAUAGGAAUGAUAAACUUAGGUUAUUGGAUGAACAAUUUGAGAAAAUUGAAAAGGAUUAUAUGUCAGAAGAAACUUCUGAUUCAGAAACAUCAAUCAAGUCAUCACAAGUUCGUAAUGAUUUUUCAGAGAUUUUAGAUGAAUUUCUUGAUAAAUACGAAAUCAAAGGUAGAAAGAUGUUGACGAAACCUGAUGGUGAAACAAGCACAAAACAGUUAGAACUAAUAAGACAAGAAUUAAAUUUAUAUGUUAAAGUGCAGAGUGAGGGAAAACACAAGGAUAGACAAAUUUGGGAUUGUCAAUCGAUUUUAAGUACAUAUUCAAAUCUUGAAAAUCAUCCAAUCCUGAUACGCGAGCAGAAACAUCAUAAACGAAUAGAUAUUGAUCGUAAAACAGGACUACCAAUAAUAUCUGAUUCUAAUACAAAGAACAAAAGAAAUGAUGAUAUUGAGACAAAUAAUGAAAAAGAAAAUAAAGAAAAUAAAGAUGAAUUAAAUUUUGACGACGACGACAACGAAGAAGAUGAUGGAGAAGAAGAUGAUGAUAAGCUAAUAAAACUAAAUCUUGGCUUGGCAAGGCCUAAAGGUGAAUCGAAAGAAGAAAAAAAAUCACGUAAAGAAAUGUUAAAGGGUCAAAGAAAGAUUCGUAGAAUAGAAAAAAAAUCAUUAAAAAAGGCAUUUGCCAAGGAACUUACAAAGCAAACAAAAAUAUCACAAAAUUUAAAAAAGAAUUUUGUUGGUGCAAUUCAUAUGGAUUAA